UCUGCUAUUAUUGCCAAAAAAAGUUCGUUCGUUGCUUUUACGGUUCAAGAUUUUCCCGGAGGUUUUUCCUAAAUCACCUUUUGUGCCAUUUCCAUUCGAAUCAUUAUACCGUUUGUUCCGUUAACAGGAAAUAGAAAAGUUUCGCUUUCUAGAUUUAGCGUAAUUCCGCCAGCAUGAACAAUGGAAAUGCUCAUAAUGAAUCAGAUCAAAGCGUUUUGGAAGAAAUCGAAGCACUUGAAGCUAUAUUGUUUUCUGAAUUGGAUGUCACGUAUAGCCCUAGUGGAAGGCCAAUAGAAUUCCGACACACAUUAUACCCCUCUACUGCUGAUGAUGCCAAUCAACAUUAUGUCUGCCUGACUCUAGUCAUGAAAUUCCCAGCUGGUUAUCCAGACCAACCACCGUCAGUGAACUUGAAAAAUCCCAGAGGCCUUGGAGAUGAUUUUUUAGCCAAUGCUCUUAAGUUGUGCAAUGAAAAAUGCCAAGAUUUUUCUGGGAGCCCUGUUAUCUAUGAAAUAAUUGAGUUGUUACGUGAAUGUCUUACAAAUAGCAACAGACCCACAGGCCAUUGCACCAUCUGCUUGUUUGACUUUCAUCCAGAUGAUGUGUUUACCUAUACUCCUUGCUAUCAUCAUUUCCAUUCCCACUGUCUAUCUCGCUUCUGUGAGAGUAUGCAAACACAGUGGAAAGAGGAGGAUGACCAAGAAACUGCCAAUAAUCCUAGGGGUUCCAACUGGAAGGAAAAGAAAACGAAACAAUUUACUUGCCCUGUUUGCCGCGAAGUGAUAAACGUCGAGUUAGCUUCUCUGAAACUGGCACCUCCUCCGCAUGAGGUUGAGAAUUUUCAAGAACAGUUUAGUAAAGAUGCCAAAUUCACAGCUUGGAGGAAAGAAAUGGAUAAACAAUAUCACAGACAAAAGACUAGAGGAGGCAUUAUUGACAAAGACAUGGAGGACAGUCGGUUUCUGGUUGUUACGGAGAACACAGCUGCAACAUCCCCCUCGACAGCGGAAGCCCCCUCGUUUACAACGGAAAAAGUUGUCCAACAGUCACAGAGUCAACCCGAAAUCAAAGCAGCUCCAGUUCAAGCACCUUCCACUAGUAAACCAGUCGCUAGUAGGCCCGAUUGGUCUCGUCCACAGCAACACAACAGGAGACCGGUGCGAGGAAAAUGGAUCCGUUCAUCUGACAGCAAUGGCAAAGAACGGCCAGUCCCUGCUCAAAAUAUCGCACGCCCAUCGAAUCCCCCCAACCGACAAUCGUCAACUGAAAAGCACAAUUCUCAACCCCGACAUCGUGCAGAAGAGUCGACCCUUCCCGUAGCAGAACGUCCCUACGGUACGGCUCCUCAUCCUCCUCCUGCAGCUCGUUCCAACGGUACGGCUCCUCAUCCUCCAUCUGCAACUCAAGUUCGUCCACCCCCAGGUUUUGCGCCGAGGUGACCAAAGUGGAUACUCCCAGUGCUGUUUCCAGUUCAUCAAACAAGACAUUUGAAGCUCUGUAGAUAUCCUUUCUCGUUACUAGCCCGUAUCUGGUGUAUCGGGAUACUCUCCACUUCCCUCUCUUUUCAUUAUUACCUGUUGGGAAAUGCUGAUUUUACGUAAAAAUAAAUGUCAUCGCGGUAUACGA